CUGUCAGUGGCCCUAUGCUACAGGAAAAAGCAAAUGAUUUUGCCGCCCGAUUUAGUAUUAUCGACUUCAAUUGUUCUGCAAUCUGGAUCAAUCGUUUUAAAGUUCGACAUAACAUUGUGGUGGGAAAAAUUGUCGGCGAAUCUUCGUCUGUUGCUCACAAUUUAACUACAAACUGGUUGAUAUCUGUGUGGCCGAAUUUACGAGGACAAUUUUCUGAUGAUGAGAUAUUUAAUGCUGAUGGAACUGGUAUUUUUUACAAAUUCUUGCCGGAUAAAACUUUAAAAUUUCAAGGUGUAAAUUGUAGUGGAGAGGCGUCCUCCACAGUUUUUCUAACAUUCUCUCUAAACACAAGGGUGCAAUGCAAAAAAUGCGAACGUGUAACCUCUGAGCAAAGGAUGAGAAGUGCCCAAAUGAGUUUGCUUCACAACCAGAAGUCGCACGGAGCCGAAUACGGUGGUUCCGGAAAGAUUCGAGUAGAGUUUUUUGAAAAAAUCCCGCGAAGAACUGAUGUACUAUGACAUGGUCUAUUAUCGUGAUUAAGGGACCAAAUCAUAUUUUUUAUGCAUAUACAUUAAGGCCAGAAAUUUUCCGGAACCUUUUUUUAUCUUCAUCAAUAUUUAUUUUGUCGCCUUCAAAAUAUGCUCCUUCUGAAGCGAUACAUAUAUACCACCCCCUGCGAAUUUUCUUUAACGACCUCAAGCGGGAAUCUACGGCAAUUAUUUUUUUUUCAUAUUCGCGGUUUGGUUCAUCAUGAACUCGUUCCAACGGGACAGAUGGUCAAUAAAGAGUAUUAGUUAAGCGUUUUGAGGUUUGAGUUAAGCGUUUCGUUUGCGCGAAAACAUCCGUCGUAAACGGCCGAAACUGUGGGCCAACAAUUUUCGUAAUUUGUAGAAUAAGUAAUUAUUUAAGGGAUUGUAUUGUUAGAUGUAUUUUAUUUGUUUAAGUAUAAAUUUUAAGCGUUAAUAUUAUAUUU